AUGAGUCGCCCGGACAUCACUCUCUACACGGCCCAGACUCCCAAUGGGAUCAAGAUCUCCAUGGCGCUGGAGGAGCUAGGAGUGCCCUACAAAGUUGAGAAGAUCGACAUCUCUAAGAACACGCAAAAGGAAGACUGGUUCCUCGAGAUCAACCCCAACGGCCGCAUCCCCGCUUUGACAGACACUUUCAGUGACGGCCAAAAGAUCCGCCUGUUCGAGUCUGGCAGCAUUCUGCAAUACCUGGCAGAGCAAUAUGACACCGACCACAAGAUCUCGUUCCCCAAGGGCACCCGCGAAUACUACGAGAUGAACAACUGGCUGUUCUUCCAGAACGCCGGCGUUGGUCCCAUGCAAGGCCAGGCUAACCACUUCUCGCGGUAUGCCCCCGAGCGCAUUGAGUACGGUGUGAACCGAUACGUCAAUGAGACCCGCCGCCUGUACGGUGUCCUGGACAAGCAUCUCGCUCAGUCCAAGUCCGGAUAUCUUGUCGGGGACCAUGUUUCUAUCGCUGAUAUCUCUCACUGGGGCUGGGUGGCGGCUGCUGGAUGGGCUGGCGUUGAUAUUGAGGAGUUCCCGCAUCUGAAGGCCUGGGAGGAGCGGAUGGCUCAGCGGGAGGGCACUGAAAAGGGCCGCCAUGUCCCCUCAAAGCACACCAUCAAGGACUUGAUUAAGGAUAAGGCUGCUAUGGAGAAGAGCGCCGCCCAAACACGGGCAUGGGUCCAGCAGGGCAUGAAGGAUGAUGCGAAGAACAAGAUCUGA